AUGAAGAUUUUGUAACCUCCCUUCCCUCUCCUCACCAGCCAAUAACAGACUGCCUGCUAGUUAUUUUGGAACCUGCCUGGGAGCAGAGAAGUAGCAUUGUAUGUACGUCCUGGAAACAGCAAAAGCAGCUAGGACUGGCGGAACAGGAGUCCUGCAGAAGAUGACGGAAUACAAGCUUGUUGUGGUUGGAGCUGGUGGUGUAGGCAAGAGUGCCUUGACGAUACAGCUAAUUCAGAACCAUUUUGUAGAUGAAUAUGAUCCUACAAUAGAGGAUUCGUACAGGAAGCAAGUAGUAAUUGAUGGCGAAACAUGCCUCCUGGAUAUUCUGGAUACAGCUGGUCAAGAAGAGUACAGUGCAAUGCGGGACCAGUACAUGAGGACGGGAGAGGGCUUUUUAUGUGUAUUUGCUAUAAAUAACAUAAAAUCUUUUGAAGACAUUCAUCAUUAUAGGGAGCAAAUAAAAAGAGUGAAAGAUUCUGAAGAUGUCCCCAUGGUGCUAGUAGGGAACAAAUGUGACCUGCCUUCCAGAACUGUAGACACAAAACAAGCUCAGGACUUAGCAAGAAGUUACGGAAUCCCUUUCAUCGAAACCUCUGCAAAAACGAGACAGAGAGUGGAGGAUGCUUUUUAUACAUUGGUGCGAGAGAUCCAUCAGUACAGACUGAGAAAAAUCAGCACAGAAGAAAAGACUCCCGGGGUGUGGAUGACGCCUUCUACACGUUAGUUCGCGAAAUCCGAAAGCACAAGGAGAAGAUGAGCAAAGAUGGCAAAAAGAAGAAAAAGAAGUCAAGGACAAAGUGUAUAAUUAUGUAAAUGAAACUUACUCAUUAUCUUCGAAGUGUAUAUCAGUCGACGUGAUUCACUUUUGUACCAUUACACUAAAUUAUUCUCUCUCACAUUUUUAGCAUUACUUCCUCGCUGCUUUCUGGAACCUGUUGGCCUUUUUAUCUGGAUGCUUGCUUUCAAUAAUGGAAACGAUUCCUCUUAAGUGCCAGUAAUCCUUGAGUGUCCGUUCUUGAACGUAGCAAUGCCUGUGGGGGUGGGGGGAAUUACCUGUAAAGCUUCUUCAGGGGCAUUUUGGUGCAUGCAAAACUUACUAGUGUCUCCCCCCACUCCCCUUCUUAGAAAGUUGUGGCAGUUCCCUGUAGGGCUUAGGUGAUGCUACCUAGAGAAACAUUUUCAAGGUGGCAAGGUGCUAGUUCAGCUGCAAUGGCAGAUGAGAUUUUUUUCCUUUUCAGCACAAACUCUUUCAUUCAGGAGCAGGAUGGACCAAUGGAGGACUUGAUCCUUCUGGUGGAACUUCCCUCCCUUGUGGCUGGCAGGAAUUUACCCCCUCCGCGUACUUGAGGGGCAGAGGCUGGAGGAAAAUAAGGAAGCAUCACCCUUGAGUUGCAGAGAGGCUGGUGGAGGCUAGAGAGGGAGACUUUUGGGGGCCCUCUGGAGAGCACCGUCAGAUCCUUGACAAGUGGGGACCAAACUGAAGUGAGGUGAAGCCCAUAUAUAUAAGGGCCAGCUGAACUAUAAGGCCCAGCUGAGGCACCGGCGGGGAGAGCUAUAAGGCCCAGCUGGGUAGCAGAAAGGAAAUGGGCCGCUGAGUUUUUGGGAAUGUGGGGCAAGCAGUGGCACAGGCAAAAGGGAAAGGGCCCUAUUUGUGGUAUGUUAAUCUGUUGGGCAUGGCAUGGGACUGUGUGAGCAUCAGCAGCUCAUCAGGCCUUGAAGCCAGAGGCUGCUGUGGGAAGGGGCUAUAGAUGGGAGGUCUUGCUCAAAUGUGGAGAGCUAAGCCUAGGAUACCAAAUUGUCUAGAGCAGGGAUUCUCAACGUUGGAUCCCCAGAUGUUAUUGUACUUCAACUCCCAUAAUCCCCAACUGAAGGCCACUGGGGUUGGGGAUUAUGGGAAUUGAAGUCCAGUAACAUCUGGGGCCCCAACACUGAGAAUCCCAGGCUUAGAGCAAGGGUUCCCAACCUUUGGCACUCCAGAUGUUGCUGAGCUACAACUCCCAUCAUCCCGUCAGAAUUUAUGGCAACAGGGAUGCCAUCUUGUCCCCUUUGGGAACGCCAACGUCCCCAGCUCUAAUGUCUCUUCUGCUUGCCACAUUCUCAGUGUGGUUCUGUUAAAACAACCAGUUGGCACAAAAGAUCCCAAUUUCUGCUGUAUGCUUCUGUUGUACAAGUUUUGGUUUUGCUGCUUGCAAUAUUGAUACGACGCUUUUCUUUUACCUUUCUGUAACUUCUGCACCUUUUUCUUGUAGCAGCUCCAGCUAACUUGAAUGAAUGUAAAACUUGUAUGCUUUUCACAAAAGGAAUUUUCCACUGCAGUUUGUCUUGGGCCACGCCUAAAGUAACUAUUUUUUCUAUUUAAAAAAAUGAAAAUGUUAAAAGAAAAAGGAAAAAGGCAAUUUCUAAGUAGAUUUGUUUGUUGUAACACAUUUCUUAUUGCUACACUACUGUCUGCAAGAGAGAUUGUUGGGAAUCAUCUGGCAAGGAAGUCUUCUUCCCAAACUCUACUGGAACAAGUUGGAGUUACACUGAAGCAUGAUGUUUUUGUGCAAGUCCAUUCAUUUCAAUAGGACAUGUGUGGGAGAUAUUCCUUUGGAUUGUAACUUUGUAUCACUCAGUGCUUGGCAUCCUUAAUAGUCUAGCUGACUUAUAAUGGUUCAUUCCUUUGGGAAAUGGGUGGGUGGGGAGAAGAACGUUGAUCCUAAGUUGGAGGUUACAACCUCUUACCCUUUCUUGUGGUAUCCUGAUACCUGUAUGUGCCAGACACAUGUGAAGAGCUUCUCGGCCCCACUGCGGCAUUUCAGGUGUGUAGGCCGAUCACAUGCAUCUAUUGCUGUCCCAGCUUCUCUUUUAUGGAAUACUCCUUUCCUUUGGAAGAAUGGCUGAAAGCCAAGUCAGGUGAUGGCGUGAGCUUUAAUUUGGCUUUGAAGAAAGGGUGAUAGUGAUUUCUCCUUGCAUCCUUGCAGUCCACCAAAAUUAAAGUCCUCCCAAGAUGAGACUAAUGUAAAAGAUCGUACAAAGACUCACAGCUGGUGGGACUCCAUAUCAAAAAGACUUGUGAAAUUGGGGACCUCAGGUGAUCUGUUUGUAAUCUUCUCUUCCUAACACUUUCACAGAACAUUGCUUUGAGGUGUAUGUGUGUGCAUGCUGUGUCUGUCUGUCUUUCCCAACUACUGAAGAGUCUGCCCUAAGCAGAUAAGCAUAUCUUCAUCUGCAGCUUCACCAGGAUUUACAUGAAAAUAAGCUUGUUACUAGUUGGUGCUGGGCAUACUAACAGUCUAACCAGUAGCAGGCAGAUGAAACCUCAGCCACCUGAUCCAUUUAAUAUGCUGCACUGAUCAUACCAGCAGACCCUCUGCUCUUGGCAGUAGGUAAAGGUCACUGCCACCAAGGAUGAAAACGUUAAGGCUGGUGCCACCAGGAAAUAAAUCCUUGGAAUAGUGACAUGGUUGUACUAUCAAGCCCUGCAACGUAGCAUGGUUGUUAGGCUGCAGCCAUUUACACCAAUGCAGAUACUUGGGCUCAGGGUGCCUUUGGACUUGGCAAAGUACUUUGUCUUAACUCUGUUGUAGACUGGGCAGUGUGAACAUGGAAACUCCCUCCAGCUGAAAACUGAUCCUCCAGUUUUCCAUGUAGCAGAUUAUAAUGCCUUACAGUAGCUUUGCUCACAGUCCAUUGGAAACCAUAGUGGAGGCCCUUUUUCUCAUUAAUGGGCUUGUGCAAGUCAUACCAUCUCCUUUAUUUUCAUUUUUUAAAAGAUGGAAAGUUCUAGUUACAAACUAUAUUGUGUUCUAUAUAAGACUUGUCCAGUUAGCUUAUUCAGAUCAUGUUCCACUGCAUAAAACAUGCCAACAUAAAUGUCCCAGGAAGUCUCUCUCAAUCCACCAUCCAUAUAGUCCGCCUGCCAGGUGCUGGGCAAUCCCUCCCUCCCUGUUUUUGCAGACUAGGGAGACAGCAAGGCAGUAAGUUGACAGAAUUCCUGCUAGGUUUCUCUCCAUGGCUGUGUUGGGCCACAAGGCCUAGAAUAACACAUGACAACAGUUUUCUCUCCGGUUGGAUUUCUUUCCCCACAUGCAUUUUUGAGGUGAUAACUUGUGACGAUACCACUUACUGACAUAUGAACAUGGCCCCCGUGGUGACAUCACCACAUCAAAAGCUGGAAUGUGGAAAUGCAGCUUAAGAGAUGAAUGUUGGCAGAUCUGUUUCUGUGCUUGAGAUUGACGUUUGCAGUGUUGAUACAGCAAUACUUUUAUCUUGAAACACACAGGGUGGCUUCGCACAUAAUGGUGGCAAGUUAUGUAGGAGGGGACUGCCAGUUCCCACCCAGUGAGAGCUCCUGGUACUGCUGCCUCUUCCAUGUUGUCUGAACCCACUCAAGUCAGGCUGACAAUGCUGGGUUCCUUCCACCACCCAAUAUUCUCCCCUGCAUCUUCAAAUGUACAUUAUGAAUGUCAGGUAGUAAAGGAAACCAGACAUGGCCAACCCAACACUGAUGCAUUCAGAAGAGGCAGAAGCACUAGGAGGAGUGUGCACUCGCUAGCAAUUGGUGGUUCUCCUCUCCUUACUUGCACUGUUAUGUGUGUGAAGCAGCCCAUGAAUUAUUACCCAUUGCAGAGGAGGUGAAAGCAGCUGCCAAGACAUAAAGCCUGCACAGGAAGAAAUUCAAGCAUGAAAAGGAUGUGGCUUACACAUACUUCAUUUUGCCUUGUCAAAACGAAUGGCAAUAUUACCCCCUCUCAGUUCUCCACCCUUCCCCCAAACUGCUUAAUGAUUCCACUGUCUUUGUCCCUGCUGACAAUAAGGUUUCCCCACCCACCCCGCUUGAGUGCCAAAUUUCUUACUAGAACUAUUUCUUAAGAUGCAAUGUGUUUACCUAGAAUGUAUUAACUAUUUUUGUAUAGUAUGAACUAAAUGUAUGUGUUUUGUACACUGCUUUUUUAAAGGCAGAACAUAUGCAAUGUGAUUCAGGUGACUUUUGGCCCUCAAUUUAUUUCAGUCAUGUGAGCUCAGAAUGUUGGUCACGGAUACCUAAAACUGGAAGAAAGACCACUGUUCACUUUAAACCUUUACAAAUGUUUUCUUAGCAGCAUGUGCUGUGAAACGAUAUGAAAACUGUCAGUUUGUCACAAAUAAUACUGCUCCUGUUGUAAUUUAAUUAAAGUGUGUUCCUGUUUUUUCUCUAAA